AGGCAACCCGAUCACGCUGCUGCGGCUGCGUCAUUUCCCGUGGAGUUGCUGACAGGAGCCAAUAAUUGACAGAGAAAUAUUGAAGAGAGAGAGAGAGAGAGAGAGAGAGAGAGAGAGAGAGAGAGAGAGAGAGAGAGAGAGAGAGAGAGAGAGAGAGAGAGAGAGAGAGAGAGAGAGAGAGACGAAAUCUACAGCUGAUACACUAACAAACUCUGGAAAUACGCGCUGACUGCCGAGGAGGAGGACCAAUGCAGCGAUGCCCGGCGUCCCUUCUCUUGCAUUGCAGCUAUCUGAGAGGCAGCAGGAUGUUUUGAGGGGUCAGUGAACACGGCGUGUCAGAGCACGCACUGUGUCUGUGAAGUGCCAUGGAACCCGGUCCCUUUCGAUUGCAUCUGCAUUGUAAUUAGCUACUAUUCCGUCUGAUCCUGAGGAAAAAGUUUCAUUUGAACUGUCCUGGGGAAGGAUGAUAAAAUCAGCACGCGAGUGGUAAUAACGCUAUGGAGAGCGACACGGCGUGCAGCUGUCGAUGCGUUGUCUGUGUACGCACGGUCGGAUUGACAGCUUUGCAGGACUGAGUCACAGCACACAGGUAGGAGGCAAGGUGCCACAACCUUUCCUGUCGGGGUUCUGCUGUUAUGAAACGCUCUUCGUGGCUCGCGAGUGCUUUAGGAGCUAAAACUGUCUUUUAAUUCGCUAUCUCUGUAUAAUAUGCAAACUGAUCCUAGACGGGAACGAUGUGUCUGGCGUGUGAUUAGUUCGGUGUGGUCUAGGGAUUCGUGUGCCUGUACAAACAUGGAUAACGCCAGCGCUAGCCACGACUUCAGAUGCGAUCGCCGGGUCUGAAAGUAACCAAAACACAUGUUAUUCUGUUCAUCUGCGCACGAUACAGUUCUAGGAUGAGCACGGAUCUGGAACGCAUGUCUCUGAAUUCAUCCUCGGCCAACUCCGUGGGCUCCGGUGGGCGAACGCUUUCAGCCAACGUGAGGAAGCUGCACAAUGCCCUCAACCUGUUACUGAACGACUUGGAGCGGGAGCAGUUCAUCCACUGCCUGAACGUCUACCACUCCAAAAGAAACGUGUUCGACCUGGUCCAAACUCUGAAAGUCAUACUCAGCACGCCGAGCAAGCGGCAGCUCCUUCCCAUGCUGCGGCUGGUUAUCCCCAGGUCGGAUCAGCUCCUGUUUGAUCAGUACACCUCGGAAGGCCUCUACCUGAAAUCCGAUCUUCUAGCUAGUAACGGGAACCCCGUGGCUGCAGAUAGCCCAGGGAAAGCGAUGCCUUUGGCCGGCAAUGCUAACGCGCUGCCCGGUCAUUUCCAGGCUCCCCCUCUACAGCACCGUCCGUCCUCGGACAGUUUCAGCACCACCAGCGAGGGGACAGUUCCGCCGACUCCUUUUCCAGGGCGAGCGGUGUUUCAAGAGACCCCCAGCGAUAUCAGACAGGUGUCGCUCAAACGAAGUAAGAACAAAGAAGGACUCGGGUUCAGCAUCCGCGGCGGUUCGGAGCACGGAGUGGGCAUUUAUGUGUCGCUGGUGGAGCCGGGAUCGCUGGCCGAGAAAGAGGGUCUCAGGGUCGGCGAUCAGAUCCUGAGAGUGAACGACAAAGUGUUUGAUCGAGUCACACACGCAGAGGCGGUGAAGGUUCUCAAGGGCUCUAAGAAACUGUCUCUGUCAGUGAGCUCCGCGGGGCGGAUCCCUGGCGGCUACGUGACCAAUCACGUGUACACAUGGGUGGACCCCCAGGGCCGCAGCGUGUCCCCGCCCCCUGACCUGACCGAGCACAGCAGCGCCACCUUGAGGCGGAAAGACGGCGAGCGGCGGAGCAACCUGCAGCUACUUCAGGAGGGGGACGAGAAGAAGGUGAACGUGGUGCUGGAUGAUGGCCGCUCGCUGGGGUUGAUGAUUCGGGGCGGGGCUGAGUACGCCCUGGGGAUCUACAUCACCGGAGUGGACCGGGGCUCUGCGUCCGAGAGUGGGGGGCUCAAGGUGGGAGAUCAGAUCCUAGAGGUGAACGGGUACAGUUUCCUCAGCGUGCCUCAUGAUGAGGCAGUGCGGAUCCUCAAGUCCUCUCGGCACCUCAUGAUGACCAUCAAGGACGUAGGCCGCCUGCCGCACGCCAGGACAGUGGUGGACGAGACCAAGUGGAUCACCGGCUCUCAGAUCGCAGAGAGCGCCACCACGGGCAGCAUCGCGGGGUUGUCUGAUCAGGCUGCUCCCGCUGCUGGAAAGCCGGUGUUCUAUAAGGGCGUGGCCGGCUCCCAGGUGAUGCUGUCCAGUCUGAUCAGCCAAUCACGCGCCAUGCUGGAGGAGCAGGCACGGCACCUUCUGAACGAGCAGGAGAGGCAGACCAUGGUGUACUACCUGGACGAGUACAAGGAGGGACACAUCGGCAUCCAGGCCCUCGUCAUGGCCCUGUUAGAGCUGCUCAACACACACGCCAAGUUCUCUCUGCUGUCGGAGGUGCGGGGGCUGAUCACUCCCCAGGAUCUGGAGCGCUUUGACAGCCUGGUUCUGAAGAGGGAGAUCGAGUCCAUGAAGGCGCGGCAGAACUCGGGCACAGUGCUGGGCACAGACUCCUACUCCAUGGUGUCAUACGCUGACACACUCACAUCCACUGGGAGCUACUUCACCUCCACCACACUCAGCUCUGCGCGGGAACGCUUGCUGUGGCUCAUAGACUUGAUGGAGAAUGAGAGCACGCUCGAUGGGUCCAGAGAAUGCCUGCAGGAGAAUGCUGACAGUCUUCCUGACAUCUCUCUGGAUGAAGUCCAGUCUCUGGCGGACCACCCUCCUCCCUUCAAGCCCCCGCCUCCCCCAGUGGUCAGUUCAGGGGGUCUGCAGCGGCGUCCGAGCCGGCGAGAGCAGCCCAAGCGGUCAUCGUCCGAGUCCUCCCAGUCAGGCCUCUUCUUCACCGCUCCCCACACCUCUGCAGCGGACAGUGAGGCAGCGUCCAGCGAGGCAGCGUCCAGCGAGCAAACCUCCCUCUCCACCUCCCCAGCCCCAGCCGUCAGCAAAGCAGAGGUGACCGCCCACCUCUCGCUGGUCAACCACCACCCCAUCGGCCCCUUCCCCCGAGUCCAGUCCCCGACCCGAGCUAAAUCCCCUGAGCCCUCCUUCUCUCCCAGCCCCCCUCCUCCCCCUUCUCACCCUGCCCCAGCCCCGCCCAGUCCGGACAAGCCCCUCCCCCAGCCCUCCCCCUCCUCCUCGGCCUCCAAUCAGCACUUCGUCAUGGUGGAGGUGCACCGCCCCAACAGCGAGCCCGACGUCAAUGAAGUGAAGCCGCUGCCCCAAGCCAGAGCGGCUCUCUCGCUCCUCCCCCCAGCCUCCACUCUGUGCCAGCUCUCAGACAGUGGACAGACGCUGAGCGAGGACAGCGGGGUGGACAUUGCGGACACAGGGGGCAACAACAAGGACAGCAGCCCCCUCCCAGCCAAGAGCUGGGGCAGCAAGGACAGCGCAGGGGGCGAGGGCAGGACAGAGUCAGCUCCUAAACCGCCCGGUCUCUUGGAGCCCACUUCCUCACUGGUGAGGGUGAUGAAGAGCGCCACCACGCUGGGCAUCGCCAUCGAGGGAGGGGCCAACACACGCCAGCCCCUGCCCCGCAUCGUCACCAUACAGAGGGGCGGGUCGGCGCACAACUGCGGCAAGCUGAAAGUGGGUCACGUGAUCCUGGAGGUGAACGGCGCCACGCUCCGAGGGAAGGAGCACAAGGACGCGGCGCGGAUGAUCGCCGAAGCGUUCAAAACCAAAGAGAAAGACUGUAUCGAUUUCCUGGUGACCGAGUUCAACGUGUUGCUUUAGCAGACAGAGAGGAGAACUUGAACCAAGAACUGCCGUGCGCAUUGACAUGCGCAUCCUCAUCCAGAAUACACGACUAUAACACAGGGUGUACAGAACCGGCUUAUAUAAAGACAGCGAAUUCAGGGUUCAUGCACACAUACAAUUAUUAUAGAUACAGGAAGCAUGCUGCUCUCUGAGAGACAGGCUGUCGCUAUCUAUAUAAAACUGUAUAUAAAAGUGAAAUGCCAUUGAAUUGCCUUGUGUCAUCAGUGAGCUGCUAUCAUCACCGCUGUCAGCUUGACGUCUCAUUACAGGAAGUACGCAUUUUAAAUAGAUCCCCGUCACGAGAGAGUGAGUACUGUCCGCUAAUUGAGAAGUAUUAUGAAUUGGAAAAUUCGAACCCUAGUCUGUAGACUCUUCAAAGCCUUCUCUGACACAGCUUCAGAAGCACACUGGUCUGGUUUGGUGUGCCUGAGGGAGGGAGGGAGGCUGUCUGGAGCACAGGGAGGCUGUUAAGCUCACAUGCUGCAGCUGCUGCACAUUUCCUCAAGCCAGGAUGAAAAGUAAAUCGGAAUCUGACACUGCAAUUAAACAAUAACCAGACGUUGUAAGCCACUACUCAGUAUGCCACUGAGAGUACACAUCGUCUGGAAGAAAAGAGAAACACAAUUCAAAAUAGAAAAUGCAUACAUCUGAUUACAAUAAAUAAAUAAAUACAUGAUGAAAUGGAGCUAAAGCUGGCUGAAAGGAGAGCACUGCUUUGAAAUCCUUGUUAGUUUGUGUUGUGAAUGCUCUGUUCAGCCUCUAUACCUCCCAGUAGAUGGUACACUCUGCCUGGCCUCAAGCUGUCCGUUUCUUGAGCUCUUAUUUUCUUAGUUAUUGCCCUGCCUCUCUCUCGUCACGGUUUGUCUUGAUGUCACAUGUACAGUUUAAUAAGACACUUUGUAAACUGCAGCGUCCGUCAUUGUGUUUAUACAGAACUAGUGUGUUUAAUUUUCCAAUAAAGAUACUAUACCACA